UUAAAUUGAAGCUCCUUCUCUUGAAACCGGUUACUCAGCGCGUUGAACUUCUUUGAAACUUGUUUAACGGUGAUCGUUUUUGUGAGAAUUAUUAAUACACAAAUUACAAGAACAACAAACAGUAAAAUGCUUAGGAGAACAUUAAUAAUUAUUUAUUUAAACAUAGUGGUGUUUAAUUUAAAUGUGCAAGCUAUCGGAAAAUAUAAAGGCUUAGAAUUUCUUGAACCGUGCUCCAAAAGUGAUCCUAGAUUUCAAACCUGUUUAAUACAAUCAUCUAAUGAACUCAUACGACAAUUUCGAAAAGGCUUACCUCAGUUAGGAUAUCCAGAAGUUGAGCCCAUUAUUUUGGAUCAAAUAGACAUUGCAAUAGGAGAAUCUCCAAAUAACUACAGAGCACAAUUCAAAGAAGUAACAGCAAAAGGUGUUUCAUCAUUGCGAGUUGCAAGUCUGCGAUCAAACAUAAGCGACAGUGAAGUACUUCUACAAGUUUUCUUAGACAUUCCAAAGAUUAGAGCUGUUGCUAAAUACCGAUCAAGUGGUACUUUAGUUUUAGUUCAAGCCAGUGGAGCUGGUGAUUACUGGGGUGAAUAUGAUGGAGUUGGUGCUAAAGUUUUUAUACGAGCAAAACUUUUCAACGUCCAAAACAGACAGUAUCUUAAGCUUCAGCAAUUGAAAAUGGAUUUCAGUGUAAGGGACAUUAAAAUGGGAGUAAAUAAUAUACACGAAGGAAGUAAUAUUCUCCAAGCUGCUUUAAAUUUAUUUAUAAACAGCUACAGUCAAGAAUUAUUAAAAAAAAUGAAACCAGACAUAAGACGUAAGCUUGUUCAUGUAAUGACUAAUUUUGUUGAGAAUCUCUUUUCACAAGUGCCAUACGAUGCUUGGAUAACAGACUAAAUAUUACUAGUGACUAAAUAAUAUUAGUCAUAAAUUUGACAAGUCUGCUUUAAAUUUUCAAAUAAUAAUGUGUAUGAAAUAAUUUUAAAAGAAGCAUAGCAAAAUGAAAAGUACUGUUUAUGUGGUAUUUAAUAUUUAAAAUGAUAUUUUAUAUUAUAGUAAAUUAUAAUGUAGUUAUUUAAAAGCCUACUUUUAAGAAAAUAAAAUAUUUAUUUAAUUUAAAUAUUAA